AUGGCAACAAAGUUGUUUCUCAUGUUGAUAUUGCUCUCCCAUGUUGCAUCUUCUCUUUCAGAAUUGUGUCACCCACAAGACAAAAUGGCUCUUCUCCAAAUAAAAAAAGAACUCAACAAUCCAACCAUUCUUUCUUCAUGGAAACCACACACUGAUUGCUGCAAAAUUUGGAAUGGUGUCAAUUGUUUUCGCUCUAAAAAUCGUGUCGGCUAUUUAACUAUUUCACACGACAACAAUCUUAGGUCUAAAUUUCCACUUUCUAUCGGUAACUUACCUUAUUUGGAGUCUAUAUUUUUCUAUCAUUUACCAAAUCUCACCGGCCCAAUACCUAUUGAGCCCAUAUCCAAGCUUCUUAAGCUCAAAACCCUCACAAUUAGCUCAACCGGGAUGUCGGGCACAAUACCCGACUUCCCAGCCCAAAUGAAAAACCUCUUUAAUUUGGACCUCUCAUCCAACCAUUUCUCAGGGUCACUCCCUCCUUCCCUUUUCAAAUUGCCAAAGCUCGAAAUGAUACGCUUUUACAACAACAGUUUGACAGGUUCAAUCCCUUCUUCGUAUGGUUACUUCAAUAAGAAAAAUUUACCAUCUUUACUUCUCUCUGAUAACCAACUUUAUGGGAAACUUCCACUUUCAUUGGCAAGACUUAACACUACAGUUAUUGACUUAUCUUAUAAUAAGUUUGAAGGUGAUGCUUCUAUGCUUUUUGGUUCUAACAAAGCAACAAGGGAGAUACAUAUUUCUAAUAACUUGUUUAAAUUUGAUCUUGGAAAAGUUGAGCUGUCUAAGACCAUGACAACAUUGGAUGUGAGUCAUAAUCAAAUUUAUGGGAAGUUUCCUAUGGGAAUAGAAAAUAUAUCAUGGUUGAAUGUGAGUUAUAAUAGGAUGUGUGGUAAGAUUCCAAAGGGUGGAAAUAUGCAUAUAUUUGGUGUGAAUUCGUUCUUCCAUAACAGGUGCUUGUGUGGGUCUCCUCUUCCAAACUGCAAAUGA